AUGGUUUAUGACUGGGAGAAGUACAAGGAAGUCAUCUUCCAGCGGUUCAUCAAAGAUGGCUGGGAUUUGCCACAGGUCAUGAACCAUCUGCGCAGCGAGUAUAACUUCGAGCCCAAGAGACGAUCAUUGCAGGUUAAACUCUCGGAUUGGGGCUAUCUCAAGUCACUGCACAAAGUCAAGCCCGCCCUGUCGCUGGAUCGGGUCACGGAGCUGUGGAAUCAGAACUUGUCGUAUCGAAAGAUAACCCAACAGCUCCGACAAGAGAGCAUUGAAGUGACUGAACGAGAAGUUACCAAAUUUUGCAAGGCCAACGGGUUGUACAAUGGUCAAGGGGCCAGAGCUAGGUCCAAGUCCAUCCAAAGCGACAUGUCACAGCUCUCGCCUUUGAGCUUCCCUGACGGCGCUUACUCGGAAGAUGAAUCCAUGGUGCUUCGUCGCACUUCUUCUGCAUCAUCAUCUGGGUAUUUUUAUCCAACAUCUGGGGAAUCUCGCCCUGCAAAGCGACCAAACAGGAUCAAGGCGUCCCCUUUACGUCGUCGCAAGUCUGAAAUGACUCUGACGGAGGCCAAAAGCAUACUGGGAAUAGACGAAGAACAAAUUACGACACUCCGCGACACUUUUGCGGCUAUCUGCAACGACAGUGGUAUUCGCUCAAAAUCCCACACAACGGGAAAAUGGGAGGGAGCAAUAACACAGCUGUUGCACCAGCACCCUGAAUUGUACAAAAGAGUGUUAACGUUUCCUGAGAACAUCGAGAGAAAGCGGAGAGCCUUGGAUACCAUAUGCAGGAAUUUUGCAAAGACGGAGCGUUUGGGGCCAAAGAUGACGCAAACGGACGCCAAGAAUGCCUUGGGGUUAAAUCCUGAAGAGGCCAGGGAGGCACGAGAGAUCUUGAGUAACUUUCUCAAAAUGGGAGGGUUCGCCGAUAAGCUCGCUGUGACUCCCACGACCGAUAAUUGGAAGGUGUUGAUGGACCGCUGGGGCGCCCUGCACGACAAGAUUGACAAGGCUUGGAUCGAAGCACGCCAGGAUCCAGACGGGAAGAAACAAAAGGCGUUGGCUGUGUUGUCGCGGGACGUCUUGAAGAGGCUCCGCGAUGAUCGCCCUUCUCGACAAUCCAAAAAGGGGCGCUUCGAUGAGAUGGAUACGCCAGACUCAAACCAGCCUCUUGUCGACAACACGGGCCAGGGCUUUUACACUGCGGAGAUGGAAACCCAGUCACAGCAAAGUCCUCUGUCGUCCUUUGAUGGAGCAGGCAUGGAAGGUUAUGCACCAAUGAAGACGUUUGGCAAUGUGGCUGAGAGUCCAUAUACUUUCCAGGCAACGUCGAGCCCUGACACCAGCGCCAUGAGUCCUUAUCUGCCGGUUCAGCCUGCGUUUGGGAAUACAAUGUUUCCCUUUCAUACAACGCAGACACUGACUCCUCCCAUGUUUGGUUUCCACGGGAACUCGAGCAUGUCGUUGCCCGGGACGUCACAGUAUCAGCCUCCGCCUCAGUCUCCGCUCCCCAGAUUUGCGCACGCGAGCUUCACGGGUGCUCCCGAUGCCACUCAGGCACAUGGCAAUGCGCCAUUUCAUGCCAUAGCCUCAGGGCAGUGGAACGCCGUUGACGACACGCCUGGCCUGCUGGGGGGGCCACUCGACGGUGGCUCUGACGGUACCAUGACGCUCGGUAACGGUCACGGUCACUUUGAACCCCAUGCGUGGUCUCAGGCGUCCAUGCAUGGAACGAUACCUGCAUUUUGGCCACAGUAG